CGCCCUCCCCUCGCCGGGGGCUGCGAGUUGCAUUUGGUAAAACCCAGCCCGGAAUAUAUAGAUCAUUGGAGCGCAAUGAAGUAGCCUUUGGAGCGGAGGGAGGGGGCCCGCUCGACAGCCACAGCGGCCAGCGCAGCGGCGGCGGCGGCACCAUCCGCGCUCGCACCCCAGCCGCCCGGCCCGCGAGGAGGCAGCGGCGGCCGCCGGCGGGAGCGGAGGCGGCGGCGGGGACGCGAGGAGGAGCAGCGGGAGGAGCCGGAGCGCGCAGCCGGCGGGUCCACGCAUCUCCGCACUUCCAGAGCAACUCCGGAGCCUUCCGUACCCCUGCCCGGGGCUGGGGGCUCCGAGAGCGGCCGCGAAGCCCUCCCCAGAGUCCGCCCUCCCGAGCCCUGCCCAGCCCUGCCCUGCGCCUCCCGGGCUCGGCUCCGCGCGGCAGGGUCCCGGCUCCUGCGCCCCGGGCGCGCCCCCCGGACACCCCGGUCCCCGCAGCCAGGACAAAGCCAUGAAGCCGGCGCUGCUGGAAGUGAUGAGGAUGAACAGAAUUUGCCGGAUGGUGCUGGCCACUUGCUUGGGAUCCUUUAUCCUGGUCAUCUUCUAUUUCCAAAGUAUGUUGCACCCAGUCAUGCGGAGGAACCCCUUCGGUGUGGACAUCUGCUGCCGGAAGGGGUCCCGAAGCCCCCUGCAAGAACUGUACAACCCAACUCAGCUGGAGCUCUCGAACACCGCCGUCCUGCACCAGAUGAGGCGGGACCAGGUCACAGACACCUGCCGGGCCAACAGCGCAGUGAGCCGCAAGCGGCGCGUGCUGACCCCCAGCGACCUGAGGCACCUCGUGGUGGAUGAGGACCACGAGCUCAUCUACUGCUAUGUGCCCAAGGUGGCCUGCACCAACUGGAAACGGCUCAUGAUGGUGCUCACCGGCCGGGGCAAGUACAGCGACCCCAUGGAGAUCCCGGCUAACGAGGCGCACGUGGCGGCCAACCUCAAGACCCUGAACCAGUACAGCAUCCCCGAGAUCAACCACCGCUUGAAAAGCUACAUGAAGUUCUUGUUCGUGCGGGAGCCCUUUGAGCGGCUGGUGUCGGCCUACCGGAACAAGUUCACGCAGAAGUACAACACGUCCUUCCACAAGCGCUACGGCACCAAGAUCAUCCGGCGCCAGCGCAAAAAUGCCACCCAGGAGGCGCUGCGCAGGGGCGACGACGUCAGGUUCGAGGAGUUCGUGGCCUAUCUCAUCGACCCGCACACGCAGCGCGAGGAGCCCUUCAACGAGCACUGGCAGACCGUGCACUCGCUGUGCCACCCGUGCCACAUCCACUACGACCUCGUGGGCAAGUACGAGACGCUGGAGGAGGACUCCAACUAUGUCCUGCGGCUGGCAGGGGUGGGCAGCUACCUCAAGUUCCCCACCUACGCCAAGUCGACGAGAACUACUGACGAAAUGACCACAGAGUUCUUCCAGAACAUCAGCUCCGAGCACCAAACGCAGCUGUACGAAGUCUACAAACUCGACUUUUUAAUGUUCAAUUACUCAGUGCCAAGCUACCUGAAAUUGGAAUAGGGGGAGGGGGGGGUGGGAGAGGGAGAGAGUCGUGCUUUUUAAUUUAAGAUUUUUAUUUGUCAAAAGAAUUCUAUGGAUAGUGGGUUAUUUUGUAAAUUAAUAUUUCUUUGGGGAUGAUGCUGCGAGCAGCAUGGUGAGAAUUAUUUAAAAUCCUUAGUAGGGAAGGACGGCUAGGCAGCCUUUGCAGGGGAAUGGGAUGGGUGUUCUUGGUCUUAGACGUGAAUACUGCAACACUGUCUCGGAGGUGUAACUUGUGCUCUGGUGAAUUCCAUGAAUCGUGCAUCCCAUAAAUUCUAAUUAAUAUUAUUUAUAGUUAUUUAAACAUGGUCUCUGUAUAGAUUUAUUUUUGUGGCAGCAAGAUUCUGAGGUCUUUGCAGAAGAAAUGUUUUGCUCUGUGCUUGCUAGAGCUCAUUUGGGGACACGGAUGCCCACCUUGCUAACCACGCUCGGAGCAAGCUGUGUGAUGACACCCAUGGCGAGGUCUGUCCUGCCGCCAUUCUUGAAAUUCUGUGACAAAUAAAUAGAAAUAGGCACCUUUGCAAGGGACUAAUUCCGGACAGAUUCCCAAUCACCCAGGAGUCCCCUUACACUAAGAAAAGAAAAAAUGUUUUUCUUUUUAACCCAAGGAGAAGAGUUGAUCGUAGUUUUUUUUUCCUUUUUCACCAGAAAUAGUGGUCUGUUAGAAUAGGCUUUCCUACAGAAAUUUUUAACUGGCAGUGCCAGUUGUGAUGGUGAAGUGGCUGUUGCUUUAUAUUCGACAUGUAUUUAUUUAGCAACUACUAUGUGCUUGGCCUAAUUUUAGGCCCAGCGGAUAGAGCAUUGAGCACAACCAAUAGUCUCGGCCCUCAAGAAGCUUUAUGUGAACACAGUACCCAGCUCAGCAAUUAGCAAACCCCUGAUAUUCGUGGACUUACCAUGAGGUUUGCACUGUUUUGAACAACCCCAGAAUGUCUAUGAUGCCUACAAAUUUGCCUUUUUCUCUGGCCCAAAUUUGAAAACAACACACUUAGAACACGCCACUUGUGAGUAAUCCAAGUUCAUUGCCCAACCCAAGAGAUGACAAAAAGCAUGUGCCCACUCCAGUGUAUCCGUAGUGUCUGCCUUUAAGCCCCCCAUUUGCCAGGCAUCGCAUGGAAGGGUGCUGUGGCUGAUUGGUCCUGCCUGCCUUGGGCGAGGGAAGGGGAACAUUCGCCCAGUGCCUCUCCCUGUCGCCUCAGUCCAGCAUCCACAUCUCCGUGUAGAAAUGUUCUCUCUUCUUGGCCACGCGCAAGAGGGAGAUGCCGUGACAGGCCUCAUACGUUUGCGAUUUGCAGUGCUCUGGCAUUUCUCCCCUCGUGAAGAUCAGGGGUGCGCCGUU